AUGGACGUUGACCCCAGCCCCGCCCAGCAACGGUCCUCACGGAAACAUCUGCGAAGCAGUGACGAUGACGAUGAUCUAGAGUGGAGCUCUGAUGUCUCUGGACAGUUCGAUGAUGCGGAAGAACCAGACGUGGACGACUACAAGUCCCCAUCCGCAAAAUCUGCGAAACGGCGUCGGUCCAACGACUGGCCGUUGCCAGAGGAAGCGGCGGACUAUGGAAACAAUGGCACUCGAAACGGACGCAAUGCCAAUGGAUCACUGGGACCCAACUACAAGGCUUCGCCUCGUUCUUCUCCCCGCGGAUCGGCAGCAUCUUUGCGCAACAGGCAUAAAAGCGCUACCAACAGCCCACGGCAUCGCCUCGGUCGCCAGUCGCGAUUCGUCGAGGCCACCAUGAGCGAUAGUGUCAGCGAACAGCCACCCAGUCAUCUUUUCCCCCAGCGCGAGCGCGAACAAAAAGCAGCGAACGCUGGGAACCGUGGCUCUGGAAUCUUCAGAUUUGGCAAAGCAAUUGCAUCUGCCUUCAACCCCUUUGGAAGUUGGAGCAAGUCUUCACCCGAGAAUGCGACCAAGUCUCCGCAGAAGGAUGCCCUCACGCAAGCCGAGGAAGCUUAUGCACAACUCAAAAUGGCUGGAUACAAGGGCACAAAUAAGGGUGCCUACAUGCAGAACCAGCAUAUUGAACCAUCCACUGCCGACCAGACCUGGCAAGCGAUUCAAGAUAAGAUGAGGUACGGCACUCCUGUUGAGAGCCCCCCUCGACAAGCCGAACCAAUGUCACCUCUACGAUCUGCAUUCUCUCCCCUCCGAUCCCCAUCCAAGUCUUCCAAGCGCUCGUCUUUCCAAGAUCUUCGCAGGGUUACGUCCUUUGGAAUCCCAUUCGUGAGGCACAGCGAGCAGCCACCCUCCGACACAUCUGUGUGCCUAGAUCAUCCAUCCGAGGACUCCGAGAAUAACGGCGGCAUUCGCAGACAAAAAUCCCGCAAGGAACUCUCUCGUGAAAGCAAGCUCGUCAGGAAAGUUAGCAAUCUCGAGGACAAGCUUGAUCGUGCGCGUCGAGAACUGCGCCAUCUCAGUGGCAAUGAGGAACGUCUACCAGCCCUGGCACCUGAACCUCGUACCAUGAGUCUUGAAAUGGACCCCGGAAGUUAUCCUCGCAAAUUUGUCCCCGGUGCACUGCCCACACUACCAUCCGAACGUCUACUCGAUCAACAAGCCGCCAUGUCCCAGUCGCCAGAGCCCGCCGCUCAAAUCACCGCGUUGCCAUCCAUGACAAGCAGAAGUAUUUCACCCGAAGAAUCUCAAGGAGUCUCCAAGUCUCCAAAACGACGCUCGAAGGAAUCGCGUCCAUCGUCAAUGGGUAAGGAAAGCUCUUCCCGUAAACGGAAGUCAACAGUUCCUGAACCAAUCGAUAGUCGGAAACCUCCUCAGUCCACUCCGAAGGACUGCAUCAACAACAAUGACCACCCAUCCGAACACCAGCAUCUGGUAGAUGCCGGUCUGCUCAGCCCACCGCGCCAAUCCAAAUGGCAGAAAUUUGAACCUGGCGACAGCCCCGGCUCAGUAGAGCGCAAACGAACUGCGGACCGCGGAGCUUCAAUGGCCGCAUUAAAUGGAGGUUCAAUGCAUAAAAGGUCCCCAGUUCUCCAGUCCCAAAUAUCCUCUCCCAGCGUUCAUCGCUCACCAAAUUCAAAGAACAUAAGAUCUUCGCCUCUCCGUAUGCAACGAGGCCAUUCGGCUCCACGUUCGACACGUUCGACUUCCUCAACCUAUACCACCACCCCCAUUCUCAAGUCUGAUCCGAUUCUCUUUGAUUUUUCUUCUCCGCCCCCGCCAUCUAGUGAAGCCCAUCGAACAUUUUAUUUACAGCCUCAUUGUCGACUUGAUCCCGAUCACUCUGCUCGCAAUUCCCCUACGAAAUCACGACUCCGUUCACGCCGACGACACAGUUACGACGUGGAUAUUCCACCUGUGCCGCCUCUUCCCAAAGAGCUAAUUUCGAGCGCUGCCAAGGUAACAAAGCCAUCCAGUAAGACGCACAAUCCGGCAAGAGGCUCUGCCCCGGCAGUUCUUUCUCAGCAAGCAUUGCCCGUUUUGAAUGAGCAGCCUUCCUUAAUGGAAGGAUUUCCUUGGCCAGAGGAUAUCUUCUAG